UGCGCAGGCAAAGUAUACAAACAAACAAUACCGGCUUCUGGCAUUUGCAUUCAUACCAAUAAAUACCAUCAUCGAUAACUUUACUCAGUCAUAAAACGAAAUAUUUUCACAGCAUAAAUAGUUGUUAUUUUUGUCGAUCAAGCUUUUCUCAUUUCUGUGCUGUUUUGCUCUGAAACGGAUAUUACUUAGGACAUUAUAGAGAGAGAGACGAGACCCAAUAAGUAAAAUUAGCCUUCUAACUAGUCUAACUGGAUUUGAGUAGGUACCCAUUGAAGUUAACUUUCAACUCCAAAUAGGUAUAUCUGGUCUCUGGUCUUAAAAGCUUAAGUGUCUUGGGAGGACAACAAUGGCAAAUCGGCUCGAUAUAAUCCUAUUUGGAGCAACGGGAUUCACUGGAAUCCAUUGCAUUCCAUAUAUUGCUAAACAUGCCAAAGAGAAUGGUAGAAAUCUGAGCUGGGGAGUAGCUGGACGAAACGAAGAAAAACUAAAAGCUGCUUUGAAGGAAGUCGGUGAGAAGUUAGAAGCUAGUUUUGAUAAAAUCCCCAUCAUAAUUGCCAGUGUGAAUGACUAUGAUUCUCUGGUAAAUAUGGGCAAAAGAACCAAACUGGUCAUAAAUUGCUGUGGACCUUAUCGCUUUUACGGAGAUGUGGUGGUUAAGGCUUGCAUCGAAGCUGGAGCUCAUCAUCUUGAUGUUAGUGGCGAACCAGAGUAUAUGGAAAGAGUUCAGUUAGAACAGCAUGAUGCUGCUUUGGAAAAAGGAGUCUAUGCCAUUAGUGCUUGUGGUUUUGACAGUAUCCCUGUAGAUUUAGGAAUAGUGUUUCUUCAAGAAAACUUUGAAGGUACUUUAAACAGUGUUGAAACCUAUCUGCAGACUUGGAGUGAAGGAGAAUCUUCAGGACCAUCGUUGAAUUAUGGCACUUGGGAAAGUGCUGUGCAGAGUGUCGCUAAUGAAAGCGAGCUGCGCAAUAUAAGGAAACUUUACAAUGAAAAAGUUAAAAGAACUCCAACUUUUCCACCAAAAGUACCACAGAAACUUGUCCCACAUAAACCUAAAGUUGGUAGUGGUUGGGCUUUACCAUUUUUAGGGUCUGAUAAAUCAGUUGCCCGCAGAACCCAAGGAUUUUUUUAUGAGAAUGACAAUGUUCGUCCUGUGCAAGUUGCGACUUAUUUUGUUUUACCAUCAAUGUUGUAUGUUAUUGCAGUCAUGAUCUUUGGUGUAAUUUUCAAGCUGUUUCUUUCGUUUGAAUAUGGCAGAAAGCUGUUGCUCGACUAUCCUGCAUUUUUCACUGUUGGAUUUUUCAGUAAACAAUCUCCUUCAGAAGAAAAAGUGCAAAGCACUUGGUUUUCAAUUGAUUUUUAUGGUGAAGGUUGGAAGGAGAAAUUGACAGACAAAGACGACCAAUAUUCAAAACCAGUCGAUAGAUGUAUAAAAGCCCAAGUUAAGGGUAGGAAUCCUGCAUAUGGCUCUACGUGUUUAGCUGUGGUUAUGGCUGCAAUUGUACUAUUGACUGAAACUGAUAAGAUGGCCAACAAGGGAAAAGGAGGAAUAUAUCCACCAGGAGCUGCAUUUGCUAAAACAUCUCUGAUAAAGCAACUAAACGAAAACGAGGUUACUUUCAAAAUAUUGUCUCAGGAAGACAUCAAAAAUUAAAAUCGUAAUAAUCAACAUAAAAAUAUUUGCAGCUAUUUUAACAAAGCUUAAAUCACAUUUGAGCUUAUAUUGCCUAUUAUUGUGAGAAAGCACAUAUGCUUUUGUCUCGUGUGUGUUUUAUCCUAACUGUAGAUUUUAAGGAUUAUUAAAAUAUUUUGCUAAUCGGAAGAUGUUGAGAGUUUGAAGCCGUCGCUAGAAGACUGAAAAAAAAAUUAAGAAGGCUGAGAAAUGGAAAACUUAUUUUUUUGGAGAUUAUCUUUUACCUAAUUACUAUGUUGAAUGUUUCUAUAUUACAUUAAUUUUAUUAAAACAAAUUAUAUUUAUGGGAAAUUACGCAUUUUUAUUUCAAAUAAAUAAAACCCCAUUAUUGGAACAAGAUUCAUAAUUUCCUUGAUAAUUUCAUAACAAUUCAAGUGAAUGCAAAAACAUAAAAUCAACUUUGUCCUUAUCACAUUAUUAUGUACUCAAAACAACAUUAUUUCUGUUUUCAUCCUAAAUUAAAUGCAUUAUAUGCUUUAAAACUAUUCCAACCAUCAAUGCAUGUAUCUGUCUAUGUAAUGUAUUGUUUCAAAAACAACUUCCACCAUAAUUAGUAUGAUAAUCAUCCAUUCUAAGCGAAUAUGAUGUUUAUCUCCAAGAUGAUGAGAAAGUAGUUCUAUUAGGGCUACACAGUGGUUGAUUUUUUCAUUCAUAA